AAAGGUUUCUUAGUUUAGACAGUAAUAAAAAUUACUUAACCAGGUUUUACUGUAAAUUGACCUCUGAGAAAAUUUGAAUAAAUGAUUUGAUUUGAAAUACUUUUGCCCUUACAUUAUCUUGGAUAAAAUUUCUUGAAGUAGGCAGUAGCCAUUGUGAAUGCUAGACGUCGCACUACUCCAUGCAUAGGCAUCUUGCUCCAACAAGUCCAAAAAAACUUAAAAACUUCUUAGUACAUAAACUUUUUACUAAAAUCUUUUCCUUAUUUCCAGGUUUCAAAUGCGGUGUUGAAGCCAGCACCAACUUGAUCCACCACAACCCGUGGCUGGUCUAUUUGGAAUACUGGCGCGGCGAGAACAGGAUUGACCUCAGAUGUGCUGCGACCCUGAUCGACAGCAGACACGUCAUAACCGCAGCACAUUGUAUCAGGACCCCUAAGUUUAGCAGGCUAGUGGCACGUUUAGGAGAAUACGACUUAUCAAGUCCAGAAGACUGUGUGGCUGAUGUUUGUGAUGAUCCAGUUGUGAGGAUUGAUGUGGACGAUAUUGUCGUACAUCCCGACUACGACGGCAAGGACCAUGACAUCGCUGUUCUGAGGCUGGCUGAAGAUGCACCUUAUACUGGUAAGGGAUCAUUGAUAUCUAUGAAAGUGCAGAGUAGAAAAGGUUUUGAUUUUAAUUUCUUCCUUCCAGAUUUCAUCCGACCAGUCUGCCUACCAUACGGUAAGCUGCAGCCAGACUCCAUCUUCGAAGCUUCAGGUUGGGGAGAGAUUCCCGCCAAAGGAUACUACAGCUCAACAAAGAAGGUUAUUAUUUUGCCGUACUGGGAAAAAUCUGCUUGUCAGGCAGCUUACAAAAAUCUCAAAGUCCCGGAUCACGCUAUUUGCGCAGGAGGGGUCGAAGGUGUUGAUACCUGCAGGGGUGAUUCCGGAGGUCCUUUAGUUUUAGUCAGGGAUAGGAUUGAGCUGUGGGGAGUGACAAGUGCGGGGAACAGCCACUGUGGGACAAAAGGCUCUCCUGGGAUUUAUACUAAUGUUGUCGAUCAUGUUGAGUGGGUGGACCUUGUUUUAUCUCGAGAUUUUUAGAUAAAUUUCUUUUGAAUUAAAUAAUUCAUUUCCAUAUAGAGCUUU